CGGAGCGUCCGGCGCAGGCGUAGUGCUGGCGGCGCAGCGCGCAGGCGCAGAGCGCCCCCCCAUGCCGCGGCGGCCGCAGCUGCUGAGGUACCUGCCGUCCAGGAUCAUCUGUUUGCUGCUCUGAGCAUCAGUUGGCUUCACUUCCAGAACCAUGGAUGAACUUCAGGAUGUUCAGCUGACAGAGAUCAAACCACUCCUGAAUGACAAGAAUGCAGCUCGCAACUUCCAGGACUUCGACUGUCAGGAACAUGACAUUGAGACAGCAUUUGGAGUGGUCCAUGUCACCAUGAGGGGCACACCCAAGGGGAACAGACCUGUCAUCCUCACAUACCAUGACAUUGGCCUCAACCACAAAUCCUGUUUUAAUGCAUUCUUUAACUUUGAAGACAUGCAAGAGAUCACUCAGCAUUUUGCUGUGUGCCACGUGGAUGCACCAGGCCAGCAGGAAGGAGCCCCCCCAUUCCCAUCUGGGUACCAGUACCCCAGUAUGGAUGAACUGGCUGAAAUGCUGCCAGCUGUUGUGACACACCUGAACCUGAAAAGCUUCAUUGGGAUUGGACUAGGAGCUGGUGCUUACAUCCUCAGCAGGUGUGCACUCAGCCACCCCGACCUGGUGGAGGGACUCGUCCUCAUUAAUGUUGAUCCAUGUGCAAAGGGAUGGAUUGACUGGGCAGCAUCCAAGUUUUCAGGCUGGACAACCAACAUUGUGGAUAUUGUGUUGGCACACCAUUUUGGCCAUGAGGAACUGCAGGCAAACCUAGAUUUGAUCCAAACAUACAGGCUUCAUAUUGCACAGGACAUUAACCAAGAUAACCUUCAGCUGUUUCUCACCUCAUACAACAGUCGUAGAGACCUGGAAAUUGAGAGGCCAGUUCUUGGCAUCAAUGAAAAUACUGCAAAAACACUCAAGUGCCCUGCCCUGCUAGUGGUGGGUGACAACUCACCUGCUGUGGAAGCAGUGGUGGAAUGCAAUUCACGUCUUGACCCUACCAAAACUACCUUCCUGAAGAUGGCUGACUGCGGGGGCCUUCCACAGGUGGUUCAGCCUGGGAAGCUGACUGAAGCCUUCAAGUACUUUUCAGGAAUGGGCUACAUGCCAGCAGCCAGCAUGACCCGGCUGAUGCGCUCCCGCACCCACUCCUCCUCCAGCAUGGGCUCUGGGGAUAGCAUCCGCAGCCAGUCCCACACCAGCAAACAUGUGAAGGAAGUGCUGGAACCCCAGAAGGAAUUGACCUCCAGGAUGCACCUCAAACCAUGGAAGUAUCCUGUUAGGCAGGAGCCCCUCUUCUGGAUUCCGACAGCUCCGCUCGCCCCACGGAACCCACUCACAAUCUAGCAUUUCAUCCAACAUGGCAUUAACUGUUCUCCCUAACUUGUGCAUGCCCAUCUGAGCUGCCACCUCCUCGGUAGUCUGUACUUGGCAUUACUUUGGUCCUUUCUGUAUGCCCUUGGCAUCAGAGCCUCUCUAAAACUCGUUAACAUUCCGCAGUCCUAGUAAGUCACAUUACUGUACAUGCUGAUGCCAUCUCCUGUCUGUGCUGUAUAUCAAUCCAGAUGACAGCCGUUGUCUCCCCUGUUCAUUUAAAUAUAAUUUCUGUGGCUUUGUGAGGUUUAGAAUUGCUUUCUAGUUGUGCUUCUGCUAAAGGACCCUUGUGGUGCAGUUGGUAUGGCAUCUGUGGGACAUGGGAAAGCAAGGCCAUGAUGCUGGGGAACUCCAGGUGCUGGAGCAGGUGAUGCUCCUCGGGAGAGCUGAGCCUGGAGUGCAGAACCCAUCAGAAGGUCUUUGUGUUCCCAGGUCUCUUGGCAUGCCAGGCAGCCGUGGGGAAAACAUAUGGUCAGAAAUACUGUCUUGGUCUCAUCUCUGUGUGUGUGUUAAGAAGGAGCAGAGUGAUUUCUUACCUGAGCCUCCUGAAAGAGCAAAGCAAUUAACAAGUAACCUUACAGUAACUGAGGUGCACUACUAACCGAGUACAAGGGAUUACACUGCAGCAGCCCUGGCUUCCAGCACCCUCUGCUGCCCCUCUGCCUCUCCUGUGGAAGGGCCAGAUGCAGUUAAUACCCAGUCACUGUUCUGUCCUGGCACAAGUGAAUCUCUAACACCAAGGAGACUGUGAAAUGGGUGGCAGCCCCUUGUCAGUGGAGAUCCAGAAACCUCCUGCACUGCCAGCACUGCUUCCCACUGCUGCCAGGUGAGGCAGGGUGCUUGCACAGGGCAGAAACUGAGGCUGGGGAAAUACCAGAGAAUGUGAAGGAUCACCAACAGGCACACGUUGGGUGGGUCAGGUCAGGGAGUCUGAGCAGGGAAUGCCUCUGUGCAGGUACCAUCCACUGUCUUCAUGGAAUUCACAGUCCUGC